AACGCGCAUGCUCAAACGUAAUUUCAUUCGCAGUUGCGCCAACUCGGAGAGGAUAUUGCAGCUAGGAGCAUGGAUGCAUUUAAUUUUUCAUAACAAAAAUAAUUUUCUUGAGGACCCUGCACUAUUGGAAGAAUAACAACAAAACGCAUUUUGCAACCCUUGCUUGGAAAUAACGCUUAAUUUGCCAUCAUUUUACAUGAUGUGUAUUCUGACUGUUGACAAUGCAAAGUGGAAGCGAGCGGGUUUGCAGAAUUUUCAAGCGUCUUCUCUUAGCUAGAAGCAGAAACAAGAACCAUGGCUAGGCCUCACAGAUACAUUCACAGUUGUUCACCAACCUGACAAGACAGUUUAGAAUAGGCUCAAAGUUAAGGUUUGUGAGAAACUCAUAACAUUCUUGCCAUUAGUUAGCAAGCGAGCAUUGCUUGAUGGCUGGCGAGGCAAACUAACGUUAUAGUAGCUAGCUAAGUUACCGAGGGUUCAAGACAGUUGGCUAAAUAGGUACUUUGGCUAUCAGUCUAGUGUGUGCCUAUAUCGUAUUCAGAUACAGCAGCUAGCUAACGUAGCACGACUGGUUCUGUUAUUCCCUCUACAAUAUUCAGUAAUAGAGAAAGACACUUUGGAGGAAACAAGUGUUGGGGGGGUUCGACAGAGCCACAAGGCGUGGAACGAAACUAGCUAGCUAAGCUGGUCCCAUAGCAUAGGAUUCUUUGCAAGAAGUCGACUGCUUUGCUGGGUGAAUGUGGGACAAAAUGGAGACGCCAACGAUUGUGUACGACUUGGAUACAUCUGGGGGCUUAAUGGAGCAAAUUCAAACACUGCUCGCACCCCCCAAGUCAGAGGAUGGCGAAAAGAGGAAUCGGAGGAGUGAAAGGGACGUUCGGAGAAAGAGCAGGGCCACCAACCACGACACCUGUGAUAGUUGUCAUGAGGGAGGGGACCUUCUGUGUUGUGACCAUUGUCCUGCCGCCUUCCAUCUACAAUGCUGUAACCCACCAUUGAGUGAAGAAAUGCUGCCUCCUGGUGACUGGAUGUGUCAUCGCUGCAACGUCCGGAGAAAGAAGCGGGAGCAGAAGGCUGAGCUGACAAAUGGCCUGCUGGAGAGGGAGAGGCCCCUCUCCAAGCGCUCCUCCCCCCCCGCAGCUGAACUGGAGCGGGGCACCACCACCAUUACUACCACUAAGUUGCGCCUGGACAGGCUGCCCCCCGGCGUCGGAGCAGCAGGACCCGGGCUGCGGGUGGCUGCCGUACGUCUGGAGCGCCUUGAGCGGCGGGCCAGCAGCCGACCGGGCACGCCCACAUCCAACGCCUCCUCCACGGACACGGCCACCCCCUCGGCGGAGCAGAACGAGGCUGACGAGGAGAUGGCCAAGGCAGAGGAGGUGGUGGUGGAGGCCCAGGGCUCAGAACCUGAGCGAGCCACCACCACCCAUACCCCCACACCACGGCUCCUCAAGAGGCCCUUUCAGCUGCUCAUUGCCGCUGCCAUGGAGAGGAACCCCUCGCAGUUCCAGCUGCCCAACGAGCUCACCUGCACCACAGCACUGCCAGGCAGCACUAAACGGAGGAGGAAAGAGGAGCUGAUCAUGAAGACUUUCAGGAGGCCACAGCAUGAGAUGGACCCCAACGGCCUCGUUCCUCUGCCAGUCAGGGUGUGCUUCUCCUGCACCAGGAAUUGCAGAAUGGCCCCCCUGGUUCAGUGUGACUAUUGCCACCUGCUCUUCCACAUGGACUGCCUGGACCCCCCACUCACUGCCAUGCCCACAGGCAGGUGGAUGUGCCCCAACCAUAUGGAGCACUUGGUGCUGAACCGGCGGAGCCUGUCCCUUACCAGCCGUUGCAAGCUCUUAGACCAGUUCCAGGACAGAAUAUCGCAGCAUGCAGUCAAGGUGGACUUCCUGCGAUGGGUCCACCGACAGAACCCGCCUGUCCGCAGCGGUAUCCACCACAAGACAAAGGCGCUCAAGGUACCCGACGCUAUUAAGUCCCAGUACAAGAACCCCCCGGCCAUGUUGGCUCCUGCAGCGGUGCGUAACGGGGAGCUGAUCUGUAAUGGCAUCCCAAACCAGGACUGCUCCCCUCAGCAUUUUACCAGCCAGGCAGAGCAACAGGAGUGGCUUAGAGACGUCAUGGCGCUCCAGUGCAGCAUCAUGCGACAUUUAUCUGGCAAGCAGAAGUCCUCGUCAGACUGGGACUCUGAACAGACAGACAUUAAGCCCUGUGUGGCUCUAGAGGAGAACAGCACUCUGCCCCUUGCAGAAAGGACAGCUUCUGCCCUGCCUGCCCCCUGCUCUAAGCCCUGCAAUACAUCUCAUGGCCCCCAGGGGGCCCCUGUACUGAAGGAACACUCGCAGGGCCAGGAGAGCUGCUGCUGCACGGUGAGGCCCUGUCUGAAGUGCAGGAAACCCAACGGACCCCUGACGGAACAGCCUGUACAAGCCAACGGGCCGUUAGCGUGUGAUGCUGCCUCAGGUGCCUGCAGACAGACAGAGCUCCAGCUGCACAUACUCACCCCCCAAGCUUCACUCCCAAUCUCUGCUCUGGGGCUGCCCAAUCACCUGAGAAGAGGGGUUGUGGUUAAAACGGAGAGGGGCAGCCCCCUGGAGUCUUGCACCCAGAAAGGUUGUUCCCCUUCGAAGUGUGCAGCUAUAGGGCAGGAUGUGAAGAGUCAGCCCUACGUGACUCCUCCAGGCAAGGCAGGGGCUCAGGCCACCCCUCUGAGCUGCUGCAAGGAGCUGAAGCUCGGCCCCAGCCCCAACCUGGGUGUCCAUGUCUUUAUCCCACCCAGAGCCGUUAAAGACUCCAGCACAGCAAGACAGCCCACCACCACACCUCCUUGUUUCUCCCUAGGGCCAGAUCUAAAGGGCAGCUCCAUGUUCCCCAGCUCCCUCUCCUCAAUAGCAGACAUGUCUGGUGGCAUGAAGGCCAUGAUGGAAGGGGAUGGGGAGAUGGAGCUGAGUAACCUGGAUGAGGAGUUGGUCAAACUCCUGGCCUGGCAGAGGAUACAGCAGCUGUUUCCCCCCAAAGCACCCUCAACCCCCCAAGGCAGUGGUCUAACCGCUCCUCCCACCACCACCGUCGCCCUCAAACCUCAGUCUCCCGUGCCACGCACAGAGGAAGAACAGAAGGUGCAGGCGAGAGCAACGUUCUAUCCACUCAUGGGGAAGGGAGGAGCCAUUAACAUGUCUUAUAGGACCCUGUACAUAGGAGCUGGUGCUGACAUGGAUGUGUGCCUUACAAACUAUGGUCAUUGUAAUUAUGUAUCUGGAAAACACGCCUGCAUCUUUUACGACGGGAACACCAAGCACUACGAGCUGCUCAACUACAGUGAGCAUGGGACCACGGUGGACAACGUUCUCUACUCCUGUGACUUCUCUGAGAAGGCCUCCCCCAGCCCGGUUAGUGGCCUGGUGUCCAAAGUGCAGGGCAUUGUCCGCCAUUGUAAGAUGAGGGAGCAGGAGGAGGGGGCUGAGGCAGGACCCGGCCCCAGGACUGGCCUGAUGCCAUCAGGGGGAGUGAUGAGUUGCCAGCCCCAGGGAGGACCCAGGCUCUCCUGCAACUGUAAGGCCAGCAGUUCCAGCCUGAUUGGUGGCAGCGGGGCCGGCUGGGAGGGCACAGCGCUGCUCCACCACGGCAGCUACAUCAAACUGGGCUGCAUGCAGUUUGUCUUCAGCAUUGUUGAGUUCACCAGCAAGCAGCCCAAAGAAGAGGGAACCACUGGCACCGCCAAUACCAUCCCUGCCAAUACCACCCCCAGCCAAGAGGAGGCAGACAAACAGACUAUCAAGCUCCACCAAGUGCACCUCGGUUCCAUAGCCCAAACUCUCUCUUUUUCACCUCUUUGCAGUCAAACCUAAGGGAACCCUACAGAGCUGGUUUGUUACGCAGGGAAAAUAGGUAUUUUGUUUAUACUUUCGCAUUAAAUUCAAUCUCAAAUCUGUUAUUUAGAUGUCAAUUCCUCUCGAAGAUCAUCGGACUUCAAAUAUUUCACUCAUUUUUGCCAGUCUAGUUAUACAUGUUAUAUAACAUUUCCUUAUUUUUCAGCCAGCUCAUGUAGCCCAAACAUUUAAUUUUGUGAUAUUGAAGUUGUAGUACUCUCACAUUUUUGUUGGUGUGGCUAUGUUAGCACCACAGGUAGCUAGCUAUACAUUCAUGCUCCCUAACAUGCUUAUACACACGUUUGUAUGUACAGUGUAUUAAUGUCAUUUUAAUUGGUGCUUUUCAAUUGGAUAUCCUGUACAUAAACCAUUGUGGUCGUUUUUUUUAAGCAUACAGUACUUCCCAUUGACUCUUUCUUUUGAUAUUUCGUAGUGUUGCAGAAAAGUUUGUUGAAACCUGUUCUGAGUCCUGUGUACUCCAUGCUGAAAUCCAUGGUGUAAAUCGUGUCAAAGUUUCAGCUCUCGUUUUAACACUCUUGGACUCUGUAAAUAAGCGUUCUUUGUCGGUUUCUGCCUGUCUGGUAAAUACAGAAAGAUUUUUUAAGAACAAACUUAAAAA